UAUAUAGUAAAAGAAGUAACCCAUAUGAGAGUUUGGUAGGUUAAAGGAUCUUUCUAGAAUCCAUUACUAAACUCUCUGCACUUUGGUCUCUCCGCCUGCUGCUUCACUUGUGGAAAAAUGUCGACGGUGAGAAUUCCGACAUUAUGCUUUGCUAGGACUGCACCAUCCCCUAGCAAAGCAUCGAGUACUAGCAGAUCUUGUGCAUUGACGAAGAGCCUGUGUUCUUUAGGUUCUGCAAAGAAGGUAUCUAAAUCAUUUGGUUUGAAGUCUUCCUCUUUCAGGGUAUCGGCAAUGUCGAAUGUAUACAAGGUGAAACUAAUUGGGCCAAACGGCGAAGAGAACGAGUUUGAGGCCCCUGACGAUACUUACAUACUCGAUGCAGCUGAAAAUGCAGGAGUAGAGCUUCCUUACUCCUGCAGAGCGGGUGCUUGUUCUACUUGUGCUGGGCAGCUGGGUUCUGGAUCGGUAGACCAGUCAGAUGGGUCGUUCCUUACCGAUGAUCAAAUGGAAAAGGGUUAUGUCCUUACCUGCGUCUCGUAUCCAACUUCAGACUGCGUUAUUCAAACCCACAAGGAAACUGAUCUGUAUUGAAUGAUGUAAGUGGUUGAUGUGCAUUAGUUUGUAGGAUGUUUGUUUUACUUCAGGUUUUAUUGCUGUCUUUUCAUCGCGUAGUUUUGUGGUCUGUACUAGUUCCUCUGUGUUGAAUGCUAGUUUUCCUUGUCAUGUUUUCGUGCUGAUUUGUGAUUUAUGAAUUACUUGAUGGGAAAUAAAUAUUAGUCUUCAUGUCA